AUGGCAGCUCGCAGACUCUCCUCCUUGCUCUCUCGUUCUCUCUCUCUUCCUCCUGUUUAUGCUUCCCUUGGUGACCACUCUCUUCUGGAGGCCCGCCAGUUGGUUUCAGAAAAAACAUUUCCAACGUUGGACCCUCGGACUGGGGAGGUGAUUGCCCAUGUUGCUGAAGGUGAUGCAGAGGAUAUCAAUUGUGCGGUGUCUGCUGCCCGGAAGGCGUUUGAUGAGGGACCGUGGCUGAAAAUGACCGCUUAUGAAAGGUCACGGAUAAUUUUGCGAUUUGCUGAUUUGCUUGAGAAACACAUUGAUGAGAUUGCAGCUCUUGAGACAUGGGAUAAUGGAAAGCCUUAUGAACAAGCUGCCAAAAUCAAAUUGCCUAUAAUUGUGCGUAUAUUUCACUAUUAUGCUGGUUGGGCAGAUAAAUUACAUGGAUUGACAGUUCCUGCUGAUGGACCAUACCAUGUGCAGACUUUGCAUGAACCAAUUGGUGUAGCAGGACAGAUCAUUCCAUGGAACUUUCCUCUCGCUAUGUUUGCUUGGAAAGUUGGCCCUGCACUUGCAUGUGGCAAUACUGUUGUCCUAAAGAGUGCAGAGCAAACGCCCUUGACUGCUCUGUAUGCAGCAAAGCUCUUCCAUGAGGCCGGUCUUCCUCCUGGUGUUCUAAAUAUAGUUUCUGGCUAUGGUCCAACUGCUGGUGCGGCUCUUGCUAGUCAUAUGGAUGUGGACAAGCUUGCUUUCACAGGAUCAACUGAUACAGGCAAGAUUGUACUCGAAUUGGUGGCAAGAAGCAAUCUCAAGCCUGUGACAUUAGAGCUUGGAGGGAAGUCACCUUUCAUUGUAUGCGAGGAUGCUGACAUUGGUACGGCUGUGGAACUUGCACAUUUUGCUCUUUUCUUUAAUCAGGGGCAAUGUUGCUGUGCUGGUUCUCGUACAUACGUACAAGAACGUGUGUACAAUGGGUUUAUUGAGAAAGCAAAGGCACGUGCUAUGAAACGUAUAGUGGGUGAUCCCUUCAAAAAGGGUGUGGAGCAAGGCCCUCAAAUAGAUUCAGAGCAAUUUGAGAAGGUUCUCAGUUACGUAAGAUCUGGGAUUGAAAGCAAUGCUACUCUUGAAUGUGGAGGUGGACAACUAGGCUCCAAAGGCUUCUUUAUCCAACCCUCAUUUUUCUCAAAUGUUCAGGAUGAUAUGUUGAUAGCAAAGGAUGAAAUCUUUGGCCCAGUGCAGUCCAUCUUGAAAUUCAAGGACAUUGAUGAAGUGAUAAAAAGGGCAAACACAACACGCUACGGUCUAGCAGCAGGGGUUUUCACCAGCAACUUGGAUACUGCCAAUACCUUGACACGAGCACUAAAAGCCGGGACUGUGUGGGUUAAUUGCUUCGAUGUAUUCGAUGCUGCAAUUCCAUUUGGUGGGUACAAAAUGAGUGGUAUUGGCAGGGAAAAGGGUAUCUACAGCCUCCAUAACUACUUGCAGGUGAAAGCUGUUGUUACUCCUUUGAAGGAACCAGCAUGGCUAUAAAUCUUCUGCUUGUUCCACUUCUAUGUUUUGUCUCAGUGCCUGUAAUGAAUAAAGACAGCGCAGAACAUACAGGUCAGUUUGUAAUCAAAAUUGAAAGUAAUUUCUUAAAAUGGUAACUAUCUUGUUUGUGUACUAUGAUGUAUUUUUAUUAUACUUGCAA